AUGGACAUUCGUACAUGGCUGAAAAAGCCAAACACUACACCGGCAGUGUCCCCGCAGCCUGGCAGCAGCUACAGGAGAACCGGGGAAGCCGAAGAGCACCUGCCGAGGCCAUGGCAGCAGGUGCCGAGGCAAAUGGAGGAGAGUGAUUCUCCCGCCGGUCCCCCGGUGCCAAUAGCCUCUGACCCGGGUUCAGCGGUGUUCGGGGCGGCGAGGCCACCAUCGCACUCGCAGCAACAGCUUUGUUUACCAGAAGACCUCGGAGUUGAAAAGCCAGUUCAAGGCACGCCUGUCCCUCCAAAACGACUGCGGCAGACCACCGGGGCCCUUCAGGACUACGUGGUGAGUGAAGGCCUUGGGCAGCGCGAAGCAGACAUCCAACAGGAGUGUAAGCGCCUGUUUUUUGCCAUAAUCGACUCGAUUUUGUGUGAAAUGGCUGCGCGUUUCAGCGAGCGCAAUGGGACAUACCUGUACAUGACUGCUUUGAACGCUUUGGAUCCCGUGGAGAAGGAGGAAAGGCCGCCCAAUCUGGCAACCCUGACAGCGCCCCUUUAG